CCUCCUCGACCAAUCACAGCGCGCCAUGGCUUCAGUCGGUUAGAACGAGUCGAGGUCAGACAGGCGAUCCGAGCAGCUGUAACUGGCCCGACUGCAGACAUGUGUGGAAUCUUUGCCUAUCUCAACUACCAAGUGCCAAGGACUCGCCGUGAGAUCCUUGAGAUCCUCCUCAAAGGUCUGCACCGCCUGGAGUACAGAGGCUACGACUCAGCUGGUGUGGGAAUAGAUGCUGGCGAUGGCAAGGACUGGGAGUUGAACGCAAAGUCCAUCCGUAUCAUUAAGCAACGUGGAAAAGUGAAGGCUCUUGAUGAGGAGAUUGACAAGCAGCAGGAUAUUGAACUGGAUGUGGAGUUUGAUGUUCAUCUCGGCAUUGCUCACACCCGCUGGGCUACCCACGGUGCACCGAGUCCAGUGAACAGCCAUCCACAUCGCUCUGACAAGAACAAUGAGUUCAUUGUCAUUCACAAUGGCAUUAUCACCAACUACAAAGACCUACGGAAAUUCUUGGAGAUCAAAGGCUACGAGUUUGAGUCAGAGACUGACACGGAGUCCAUUGCCAAGCUGGUGAAAUACAUGUUUGACAACCGGGAGAAUGAUGACAUCAGUUUCGCAACGCUGGUGGAACGGGUGACUCAGCAGCUAGAGGGAUCGUUUGCCCUGGUCUUCAAAAGUGUCCACUACCCUGGAGAGGCGGUUGGCACAAGGAGGGGAAGCCCCCUGCUGAUGGGAGUGAGGAGUGAACACAAGCUGUCCACAGAUCACAUUCCUGUGCUCUACCGCUCCUGCGCGAAAGAGAAGAACGGCUGCAGUCCCCUACCCAGGUUCGAUCAGGACACCUGCUUGUUCCCUGUGGAUGAGAAAGCUGUGGAGUAUUACUUUGCUUCUGAUGCAAGCGCGGUGAUUGAGCACACCAAUCAGGUGAUCUUCCUGGAGGACGAUGAUGUGGCCGCCGUGGUGGAAGGCCGGCUGUCCAUCCACAGGAUGAAGCGCACGACUGCAGACUAUCCAGCUCGCGCCAUCCAAACCCUGCAGAUGGAGCUCCAGCAAAUCAUGAAGGGCAAUUUCAGCUCCUUCAUGCAGAAGGAGAUAUUUGAGCAGCCGGAGUCUGUGUUCAAUACAAUGAGGGGGAGAAUAAACUUCGACAACAACACAGUGAUACUGGGUGGCCUGAAGGACCACAUCAAAGAGAUCCAGAGGUGUCGCCGACUUAUCCUUAUUGCGUGCGGAACCAGCUACCAUGCAGGGGUGGCGACCCGCCAGGUGUUGGAGGAGCUAACCGAACUGCCCGUCAUGGUGGAGCUGGCCAGUGACUUCCUGGACAGGAACACUCCCGUCUUCCGAGAUGACGUCUGCUUCUUCAUCAGCCAAUCAGGGGAGACUGCUGACAGCCUCAUGGCCCUGCGCUACUGUAAGGAGAGAGGAGCUCUGACAGUGGGCAUCACCAACACGGUGGGGAGCUCCAUCUCCAGGGAGACCGACUGCGGAGUCCACAUCAAUGCCGGGCCUGAGAUUGGAGUAGCCAGCACCAAGGCCUACACCAGCCAGUUUGUGGCCCUGAUCAUGUUUGCACUCUUGAUGUGCGAUGACAGGAUUUCCAUGCAGCCCAGACGCCGAGAGAUAAUCCAGGGCCUGAGCGUGCUUCCAGAUCUGAUUAAGGAGGUCCUCGGUCUGGAUGAUGAGAUCCAGCAGUUGGCAACAAAGCUGUACCGACAUAAGAGUGUCCUCAUCAUGGGCAGAGGCUACCAUUAUGCUACCUGCCUGGAAGGAGCACUGAAAAUCAAGGAAAUCACAUACAUGCAUUCAGAAGGCAUCCUGGCUGGAGAGCUGAAGCAUGGGCCCCUGGCCCUUGUGGAUGAACUGAUGCCAGUCAUCAUGAUCAUCAUGAGAGACAACACGUAUGUCAAAUGUCAGAACGCACUGCAGCAAAUUGUUGCCCGCCAGGGCCGCCCCAUCGUGAUCUGUGAAAAAGACGAUUACGAGACGGCUAAGAACUCCAGCAGCACCAUCAAAGUGCCUCACUGUGUGGACUGCCUGCAGGGCGUCCUGAGCGUCAUCCCACUGCAGCUGCUUUCCUACCACCUGGCUGUCCUCCGAGGUUACGACGUGGACUGUCCAAGGAACCUGGCCAAGUCUGUGACCGUCGAGUGAACCGCAGCAACAGGAGCCUGGCGGCGGCCGCACAUUCUCAGAUGGUGUGGGGGCGUCCGUUUGCAGAAAGCAACGUCCCGGUUAUGUAUCGUGCGUCAUGCCUCUCUAAACCAUUCUCAUCUGUAUCUCACUUCUAUUUUUCUAUCACCUCUUGGGAUCAUUUUCAUAUUAUUGUUUGAGUAGCAGUUUUGUCUGUGGUGGCAAGGUCUGGGCUAGUACUGACCUAUCUUCACUAUCAUCAUCAUCACGCUCUGGGUUUGUGGAUCUAACAACUGAUCACCAUUCUGGUUUAUUCUGUGCACUUUGUGCGCGUUAGUCUCUGGGAGCAUCUCGGAGCUGCUGUUUAAACCGUUAACUGACAGGAGUUGUGUUUUAAAGACCGUACUGACUUUUUUUUCUCCCUUCUUUAGUGCAAUAAUUUGACGUUAUAUUUUUUUCUUUGGCAGCUAAUCAUUUGAAGUGUCUCUACUCUACAGUCUUAAAUCAUUCCCAGCCACAGGUCAUCGCUUCUUUGUGACGGUAGCGCAGUUUUCCAGUGGACUCGGCGUCUCUCUCCUGAGGACACGCGGCUUAGAGAAGCUAGUUAAUACGCACUGCUGUGUAAAACCCUUGAGUAGGUUAUAGAAGCUUGUUCUUGUAUAUAAACUAUGUUUUGUAUUUGGAAUAGGCCUUGUUCACCAAGCCACAUAGUCUACAGUGUGAGAUUUGUUUGUUACGGUACACUUCUGAUUCUUAUGCUGACCGUAUUGCUGACCUCAGGUUUCUAGUUUACACUAUAAACUGAAAUGAUUUAACUGAGACAAAGUUACGAACCUGAAGUAAAAGUUGCACCCAGUUACCAACCCACACCUUGCCAGCCCAACUACUUCAAUAUUGGGACCAUUUGUAGCUUUUUCUUCUUUCUUUUUUUCCAAAAACAAAGUUUUCUAUUAUUGUAGUUACUCUUUGAUUUGAAAUGUGAAUGUUACUGUCAUUGGAAAUAUACUGUCAAACCAAAAAUCUCUGCAAUGGCUUUGGCAGUUAAACCAAAGCGUAUACAUUUUAUUUGUUCAUCCUAUAUUGUAGCCAAACAUGUAUUGAUGCUGGUAGUUUGUGUGGACUCGAGGCCUAAAGGGGCAUAUCCACAGUUUCACGGCAGUAUGUCUGUUAUUAGUAUACUGCAGAUGUUUAUUUAGAUAGAAAGUCAGAUGCUAGCUUUGUGUGAUCCGAAUGUCGUUGGUGUCUUCUCUUUACAUGCGUAAGUCCAUCACAUAUAGCUUCUCCUGAGGGUUUGAAAACUGGAUAAUGUUACAGGUACUUUUGUAACCCACAUAAAUGCUUGAAGCGGAUUUAGAUUUCUCGACUGGAGGCGUAGACCGGACCCGGCACUGAAUCCUAGCAACCUCUGUUAGGUUACUGUUGGAGUGGUGCACGAUAUGAGUGGAACUUAUGCAAUAAAGUGUCACGUAACUUCC